UCAUGGUUUUAAUUACCGCUAUGGUCGUUUAUAGUAAUAUUCGUGCAAUCGCCAUUAAUUAUUUUUAUUUAAAUCUGAAAUAACAAUUACAUAUUUAAAAAAAGCGAGUAAUCGACACGAUAAACAAUAUUAAGAUUAUUAAGUUAUAAAAUAAUUAAAAUCUUCGAUGAAAAAUGGGAGACAGUGACGAUGAAUACGAUCGCAAAAGAAGAGACAAAUUUCGUGGUGAACGUGCUGAAGCUACUUAUCGCAGCACUGAAAGAACCGUUCGUCCUCGAGAUGAAUGGCAAGAAAGGGAUGUUUGGUCACGGCCAAGACCCAGGGAUUAUAGGGGAGCAGUAAGAGAUCGAGGAUAUUCCCCUAGCAUGGAACCACAAGCUAAAAGAAUGAGACAUGACUAUUAUGGUGAAAACUAUUACAAUCAUUAUCAGCCAUACCAUCAACCUCACAGAAAUUGGAAUUUCUCCAGAGAACCACCAGCUGCAGCUCCAGAGAGUCAACAACCUGUUAUGAUGUCUUUUAAAGCCUUUUUAGCAGCUCAGGAUGACAACAUUUCUGACAGUGAGGCAGUUGAAAAGUACAACGAGUAUAAGUUGGAAUUCCAACGACAGCAAUUGAACGAAUUCUUUGUAGCUCACAAAGACGAUGAAUGGUUUCGCUUGAAGUAUCAUCCAGAGGAUUCCGUUAAACGCAAGGAAGAACAGUCUAAUUUCCUUAAGAAAAGGGUGGAUGUUUUUACGGACCUACUCAAAAGUGGAAAAAUAGAUUGUGUAAGUGUUGAUGUAGCAAAAACUAACGAAUUGUUAAAAUUAUUGGACACCGUUGUGGUUAAAUUAGAAAACGGAACUGAGGAAGACUUGACUUUCCUUGAACAAGAAUAUUCUGAAAUGGAGAAGAAACAAGAUAAUAAGUCGAACGAAGAUGUUAUCGAAGUUCGAGAUGAAAAUCCAAAAUCUGAAGCAAAGCAAGAUAAAGAAGAUGGCGAAAUUGCAGGAGAAAAGGAAGAAACGAAAAAGGACGACGAUAAAGAGAAUGAAGCAGAAGACAAGAACGCUUCAAACGACAUAAAAGAAUCUGGUGAAUUAGACGAUGACGAAAAUGAGCCUAUUUCAAAGUCAAAAGAAUCUGAAAAAAUGGAGACAGAAGAGAAUGGUGAGGCAAAACCUGAAGAAAUUGAUCCAACCAACAGUACAAAACAUGACGAUGCUCAAUCCGAAGAACCCAGAGAAAAGAAAAGAAAACGUUCUUUCUCAGGUAGCAGUAGUAGCUCUUCUAGAAGCAGCGACAGUGAAGAAGACGAAAAAGGCAACAAGGACUCCAAAGAAAAAGAACAAGAAAAGGACAAAGAAUCUGAUAAAGAAGAAGACGAAGUUAACAAGAAAAAAAUCGAAUCUAUUGAAGACGACACAAAACCAGAAAAACCCAGAGCACUGCACAAAACUACAUCGAUAUUUCUAAGAAACUUGGCACCUACAAUAACUCGACAAGAAGUUGAAGCAGUUUGUUCAAGGUAUGAUGGGUUCUUGCGCGUGGCUCUAGCCGAUCCGCAACCGGAACGUCGCUGGAUGCGUCGAGGAUGGGUUACUUUUAAAAGAGACGCUAACAUUAAGGAGAUAUGUUGGAAUCUUAACAAUAUUCGUCUGAGGGAUUGCGAAUUGGGAGCAAUUGUGAAUCGUGACUUGAGUCGUCGCAUACGUCCUGUAAACGGCAUCACUGCUCACAAACAAGUUGUUCGAUCAGACAUCAGAAUUUCGGCAAAAGUUACUUUACAUUUGGACACUAAAGCCGGGCUCUGGCAAGAAAAUGAAUCCGGAGAAAAACCGCAACAAACGUUUGGAUUGGUCUCAAACAAUCCAGUUUUGCACAACAUAACCGAUUAUCUGAUAGAAGAGGCGAGCGCAGAAGAAGAAGAACUCCUUGGAUUAGAUCCCAGUUCUGAUCCCCAGGAUGCUGCCACAACUGUCGAUCGAGAUGAUUCGCUUAUCACCGUAUUAGAUAGAAUCAUCUUGUACUUACGUGUAGUUCAUUCUGUUGAUUAUUAUAACCAUUGUGAGUAUCCUAAUGAAGACGAAAUGCCUAACCGUUGCGGAAUCCUACACGCCAGGGGUCCUCCUCCAACUGCAAAAACUGAUAUAACUCAGUUCAUUGGUGCUGCUGUGGAAGCAAAGAUGACACAAUUCUUACCAGAAAAACCAGGAAACACUGAAAAUAAAAACGAAGUCAAAUUGAUCAGCAUGGCUCUUAAAGACGUGGACACUGAAAUUGACAAAUUUGUACAAGCGAAUACCAGAGAAUUGGCCAAAGACAAGUGGCUCUGUCCUUUAUCAGGAAAAAAAUUCAAAGGGCCAGAUUUCGUGCGCAAACACAUUUUCAACAAACAUGCAGAAAAAAUAGAGGAAGUGAAAAAGGAGGUCGAAUUUUUCAAUAACUAUUUGAAGGAUGUGAAACGUCCUAUGCUGGAAAUGCCGCAACCUAGGAAAGACGAGACACCCCCUUUCAGUCAUCCACCAAAUUAUGGAACUUCUUAUGGAUUUGGACCUAGAUAUUACAAUCAAGGAUAUGGGCGUCCUAGGCCUUACAUGCCUCCAAGAGCCAGGGGUGGAGGCGCUGGAAGUGACUUUAGACCGGUAAUUCAUUACAGAGACUUGGACGCCCCUAGAGAGCCUGAGGAGUUUAUAUAAUUUCCAGCAAAUACCUAUCACUGUACUGUAUUUGUAACUUAGAAUAUAAGAAGUUAAAUGUAAUUAGUAAUUUUGUGUAAUAAUAUGCGAAAUUAUUUUACUUUUUUUGACUUUAAUAUAAUAUGCUAAUUAUUAUUCCAGCAAUAAAGAGUAGUUUCAAUCAUGUUUUUAAA